AUGCAUCUACUUGCAAAAGUUACUGGCGGCGAAGUUGACGAGUAUUACGAUGUUCUCGAGGCAUUUUUUGCUGAAGGGGCCUACGGAGACCCGUGGAAGGGUGAUCCUUCAACAGACGACUAUUUCAACAACGGUUAUUGUAGAGGGCUAGAGCAGGUCUCCUUUUCGGAUUCUCAAGGACACUUUUAUUUCUCCGAUCAUGCGGCUGCAGAUCUCGGUAUUGGACGACAACUAGUCGUCGAUUUUGAGGUGUCUGAGCAACUCCUACAGCUCUUCAACGGUUUCUCAAGCAAGUAG